ACAUAUCAAAACAGCCGAAUAACAGCAUCCUUCUCGUUGUUACUAAUUUGGGACACCAAUUUCCGGCUGAAGAUCUUGCUGAUAUGCUUCUAAUUUUGUAACUACUUUGACUUUAAUGAUGGGAGACGAUAGUCGCCCAAGGAGGAUAUUGGCGGAUCUAAGCAGUGCUCUUCGUCGAGAUCCUAAAAUUGAUGAGUUUGACUUCAUCUAUUGUCCUGAACCCGUCGUUAAUAGAAGUCCCGUUGUGCUCGAGAAUCAUAAGCUGGGGUUGCAAACAUGGAGCAUUAAACUCCUCUUCAAAUUUGUCUACAGCAACCUAAUGAAGAAGAGUACAACAGUUAAAGAUUUGAAAUCUGUGCAUGAAUUCAGCUGUGCUGUGCUUUUACUCAAUCCUGAUUGUUACACAGUAUGGAAUUUACGGAAGGAACUGGUCAUCAAACGUUACAUUAAAGCAGAGGAUGACUUGAGAUUGGCAACUAUAAUUCAAACUAAACAUCCAAAAAGCCCAGAAACUUUCAUUCAAAGGAGGUGGCUGUUGCUGCAGCUGUUCCCUUCAUCAUCCUCGACUUCCAGACACACUCAACAAAGUCAUUGUCACAACUCAGCAGCACAACAUGCCAAUGGUAACUUCUUCCACAACCAGCAACACUCUAACAGUAAUAGAGGGCACGCCCCUGGUAGUUCAGUCAACCAUAGUGAGCUCACGGAGAGACAGAGGCAGGCGAUAGAGCGUGAGAUGGAUGCAUGCAGAGCAGCCGCUGAUCGCUAUCCCAGUAAUUAUAAUGCCUGGAGCCACAGGACAUGGGUGCUCAAGGAAAUAGCCAGAUUGAAUACAGGGGUGUUGCUGAAGGAACUUGAAUGUACCAAUUCCUGGGUAAAACAACACAUCUCAGAUCACAGUGGAUUCAACUAUAGAUAUUUCCUCCUCAAGAUUUUAUCUUGUAAUCACCCUUAUGAAGAUCUACUGAGGAUCCUCCAUGCUGAGCUGCUUUUCACAUCAAACCUCAUACAGAAUUUUCCUGGUCAUGAAGCAAUCUGGUAUCACAGGAGAGCCAUAUUGACCCUUGGAAGAGAAUGUCUGAAGAGAGGACAAUGCCAAGUGUCACAGAACAUAGACUUUCCUGUGAAGGUAGAGAGUCCUAAUGGUGAGGUAUGCCAAGAUAUAUCAGAUACUGAACCUUUGGUCCAGGAGGAGACGGAAUGGCUCCUCCUCAAAGACUUCUCAAGUGCUAGUGCUUUCCCUUGUCCCAAGACAUUGUCAACGUCGGCUACCCCGAAGGCGGAUACCGUGGCCCAUGCCGAGUAUGCUGCCUAUGAACGGGCCAUCAGCUGUGCCGAUCAGGACACCCACGCUGCGUUGGCUGUGUUACUAUGCAAGGAAAACCUUUUCAUGGAGUCGUUGCUCAAGAAGAGCUUCAGAGCGGACAAACCACAGUUGCAGAGGUGUAUCAAUAGCCACAAGAGAUGGCUAGGUCAUGUGCAAUUCUAGAUAUUUAUUAUUUCUAGCAUUUCUCCUUCAGCAUAUACAAUAAGUUAUAUUAGAUUAAGACUAUUUAUAACAUAAUGUGUAAUUGUAUAUGAUCAAAAGAGAGAAAUACAAUCCUGAAAUAAACUAUAUCUUAGUCUAUUACAAAUUCUAUAUUAUAUUGAACUUUAUAUUACCCUUUAUUCUGUUUGUGGGUCUUUCCAUGAAGUGGGGCUUAAAUUGUGAAAUUCCAGCAUAACUCAACAUGAAAUGUCAGUAUAACUAAAUACUCAUUAUACUAUACAUUUAUUGUCGAUACUUAACUUUUGUAUUAAGAUAAUACAUUAACUGGAAAUUUUGGACCUAUUUAGACACAUUUUUUUUAUGAAGUCACUGAGCAGAACAGUUUAUACUGCUGUUAAAGGCAUACAGUGUCCAAACAAUUAUAGUAAUAGUAUACAUCAUGUAAUUAGUAUCGAGUCAUGUUGAAAUGUCACAAUUUGUUAACCAACUUAAUGUAAAAACCUUGUGGACAAUCAUAUUUUAUAGGCUCUCUAUUUCUUUCUCUUCCUGUCUCAUUCAUUAUCUAUCUAUUGAAUUCUUUUCCUUUUAUAUUUCAAUUAUUUCUAUUUGUUGGUGAUCUCUUGUUGAUGGAAUCUAAUGUAUAUUAAUUGUCAAUAGAUCAGUAAUACAGAAACAAGAACAUGCUUGCCCCAUUAUUCAUCUGUCUUCCGCCGACUUGUGUUCAUAUUCAAUCCCUAUGCACCAACACAGUUGUCUCCACAUAGUAAAUUAUGCUCAGGGCUGCAUUGUUGUAUUCCAUAUUGUUUUGCAAAUAGUAGUUUUGCCUUAUUUUUGCCAUGGGUAUGGCACUAGUGUGAACAGCAUUGCCUUAUUUUAAUUAAAAAGUUAUUUUCUUGUGUCACUGCCAAUAAUUCAAUAUAGCACAUGUGUAUUUCAUGUAGGUUUCAUUUGGACUUAUCAAUUAGAUCUGUAGGUUAAUGUAAUUGGCUAUGAUCUCUACAACCUUUUAAAUCAGGCUCACACCUUUGCGUUCUGAACUUGUAUUCAGCUGCGUAUUGCUCAAACAAUCCAGCCAAAGGCAGCACAGCGCCAUGAAACGAGCUAAGAUGAGGCCAUUACGCAGACUAAUUCGGACUUUGCAUUCUAGCUCAACAAUUUCAUUUUUUUUCAAACAUCCGAAUCUGACCGCAUUCAUAAUUAUACAUUCAAAUAAGAGUGGCAACCAGUGAAUGUGAGCAACAGAGAGCUGUUUACGCAUCUAUAGGCCAAUGCAGCGAUAAUGCUCGAUUUAAACUAGACUUACCUUGGGUUAGUGGAAAGUUAGUGGAAAGUGUGA